AUCCCUCCCUAUUCUCCGGUUUUCCAGUGGUGUCGUGGCUGGGAGGACCCCUCCCCCUUUGAUGCUCUGCACCGUUAGAAACUCAUCGCUCUGUUGCAUAAUACGGCACAAAACUUGCAUUAGUGAAACAACUGACGGAACUUUUCGGCGUGCAAGGACCAUGCUGAUGCUGCCGUGCCUUGCCCUCCUCCUCCUCCUUCUCAGCGGUCUCAGUUGGUCUCUGAAUCCCAGAGACCCCAACGUAUGCAGUGUAUGGGAGAGCUUCACCACCUCGGUGAAGGAGUCCUACCUGCAGCCGUACGACCAGGUGUCAGAGGAGCCCUGCUACGACCACCGGUCGGCCUAUCGCUGCCCCCGACACAGGAUCACCUAUAAGACAGCGUAUCGGCAGGCGGUGAAGACAGAUUACCGCCGGAGGUACCAGUGCUGCCCAGCGUAUUACGAGAGCAGAGACAAAUGUGUCCCGCGCUGUGCUAAGGAGUGUGUUCACGGGAGGUGUGGGGCUCCAGACCUCUGUCAGUGUGAAAGAGGAUGGAGAGGAGAAGACUGCUCUAGUGACUGUGACGGCGCUCACUGGGGCCCCGGGUGUGGCCGGCCCUGUCUCUGUGAGAACGGGGCCCUCUGCGAGCCCGGGUCCGGGGCCUGCCGCUGCCUCCCGGGGUUCAUCGGGCGCCACUGCGAGGACCACUGCCCGCUGGGGUCCUACGGCCAGGGCUGCCUGCACAGGUGCCUGUGUGGGGACGGAGGGUCGUGUGACGAAGCCACCGGAGAGUGCCUGUGUCGGGACGGCUUCACCGGAACAUACUGUGAGCAGGCCUGCACCAGGGGGCGCUGUGCCCUGCGCUGUGCCUGUCAGAACGGGGGGAUCUGCCAGGGGAAGGGCGUCUGCAUCUGUCCCCCUGGAUGGAGGGGUACGGUGUGCACAGAGCGGUGUCCCCAGGGGUUGUGGGGCCCCAACUGCCUGCAGGACUGUGUGUGUUACAACGGGGGACAAUGUGACCCCGAGACCGGAGCCUGCCGCUGCUCUGAGGGCUACACUGGACCCAGGUGCAGUGAGGAGUGUGGAGCAGGCGCGUACGGCCUCGACUGUAAAGGUGUGUGUGCGUGCGCCAACGGCGCACGGUGCUACAACAUCGACGGCGGCUGUCUGUGUGAGCCCGGGUUCCGGGGGCCCCAGUGCGGGGAGCCCAUGUGUCCCCGCGGGACGUUUGGCCUCACCUGUGAGGGGACCUGCCUCUGCCAGAAGGAACACACACUCAGCUGCCAUCCAAUGAAAGGCGAGUGCACAUGCCAGCCAGGCUGGGCGGGCCUGUACUGCAACGAGACCUGCGCUCACGGCUUCUACGGCAACGGUUGCCUGGAGCCUUGUUUGUGUGUAAACAAAGGUGUGUGUGACGGCGCGACGGGAACCUGCGGAUGCCCCCCCGGGUUUACGGGGCCCCACUGUGAGAGCCCCUGCAAGAGCGGGGCCCACGGGAAGGCCUGCUCCCUGGAGUGUUCCUGCCUCAACGCCGUCGACUGCUCCCACCUGGACGGCGUGUGUUUCUGCAAGGAGGGCUGGCGGGGGUUGGACUGCUCGGUGCGCUGCGCCAGUGGCUCCUGGGGGCCCGGCUGUAACGCCACCUGUCUCUGUGCCAACGGGGCCCAGUGCAGCCCCGAGGACGGCAGCUGCAGCUGCAGAGCGGGCUGGCAGGGGGCGCUGUGUGACAAGCCCUGCCCCAUGGGCAUGUUUGGACCGGGCUGCCAGAAGAAGUGUGAUUGUAUCAACGCCAAUGGUUGCCAGGCGACCAGCGGAGAGUGUCGCUGUCUGCCAGGGUGGGGGGGAGCCCGCUGUGGUGAGGCGUGUGUGGAGGGCCAGUGGGGCCCCCACUGUAACCACAGCUGCGCCCAACACUGUCCCCAUGGCGACCGCUGCCACCCGGAGACGGGCGCCUGCGUCUGUCGCCAUGGGUACUGGGGAUCCGCCUGUGAGAAGACCUGUCCGCCUGGUUCUUUCGGGCUGCGAUGCGCUGAGAGCUGCUCUGACUGCUCCAACAGCUCCUCCUGCAACCCAAGGGACGGCCAAUGUGAGGCCUGCAGCCCCGGUCGGUUCGGCCCCUCCUGCUCCCAGGCCUGCCUCUGCCCCGCCGGCUCUGGCUGCGACCGCCUCUCGGGGGAAUGUCUCUGUUCUCCUGAGGACCACGAGGACUGCAACCGAGUCAGGGUGGAGUUCUCAGGGGGUGUGAGGGUCUCCGUCCCCCCCGUGGAGAGGGAGUCGUGGGGGGCCAUCUCUGGCAUCGUGGUCCUGGUCCUCCUGGUGGUGCUGCUGCUCACUCUGCUGCUGCUGUACCGACGGAGACAGAAGGCCAAGCACAACAACACCCCCACCGUCUCCUUCUCCACCAGCCGCACCACCACUUCUGAGUAUGCUGUCCCAGAUGUUCCCCACAGCUACCACCGCUAUUACUCCAACCCCAGCUACCACACCCUCAGCCAGAACCCCCCGCCACUGCCCCACCUGCCCAACCACCACCACCGCUGCAUCAAGAACACCAAUCAGCAGCAUAACAGAGAGGGGCGGAGCCUGUUUGGUGCUGAGAGCAACGCAACGCUUCCUGCCGACUGGAAACACCAGGAAGCACGCGCACACCCAGGUGCUUUUGGAAUCGAUCGCAGCUAUAGCUACAGUACAAGUCUGGGAAAAUACUGCAACAAAGGAGUGUGUGCCGAGCUGAAGGAGGUGGCCAACGCCAGCAGCGGCUCCCUGAACAGCGAGAACCCGUACGCCACCAUCAAGGACCUCCCCGCCCUGGACCCCUCCGGACCUCCGGAGUGCAGUUACAUGGAGAUGAAGGGCCCCGUGCAGCGAGAUGUCAGGCCGCCGCCCUUUGACCCCGCCCCCUUCGACCCCUCCCCCUUCGACCCAGCCCCCUCGCGCCGGAACACAGAACACAGCUGGACAGAGUACCCAGAGCCAGACACCCACAGCCACUACGACCUCCCGGUAAACAGUCACAUCCCCGGACACUACGACCUGCCCCCAGUCCGCCACCCCCCGUCCCCCAGUAGGAGGCCGCCCCGGUGACCAGGGGACAACCAGGAGGAGGCAGGGAAGACCAGGACAACACCGGGGGACGACCAGGGGAAGAACGAGAAGAGACUAAACCAGGACUAUACCAGGAAGUUUUAGCCUUCGUGUUACGUGACCGUAUAGAAUGACGUCGGUCUUCUUCACGUGGAAACAAUGGGAUUUAACACAUCUGGACUUCAUUUUUUUUUUUUGUUGGAAGUUUGAAAUUGAGUUUCAAAACUAAUAAGCACAGAAAAAGUACCUAAAAAUCCACGAAGAACAAAUAUAUGAAGACAUAUUUUUGUAAUAGCAACGGCUGUGGCCGUUGCACGUCACGCAAGCUCACUUAUGCCUAACACUAUAUCUGGCAUCCCUAUGGUACCGCACAUUCAUAAUAUACAAUCGGCCGUCGCCAUGGUUAUAUAAACGAGUUACCUUGUUCCCCGUUGCCAAGGUAACGAGGUAAAGAAAUUGUUAUUGGGGAUUUAGAAAAAGUUACCCAAGGGCUUCUGUCCACAAUACGAGGGGAGAAGCAUUCCGUGUCGGUGUUUUUGAACCGAUUCAUCAACAGUGACCCCCUGUGGAGGAAGCUUGUACUUCUUUUACCGCGAGAGACCUGAGGUCCAGUUACCAAUAAGACUUGAAUCAUUAAUCAAUAACAAUUAGUUAUUUGAGAACGUCCACCCUUUAUAUAUAUUGGAGUCUAUUCUUCUAGCCACCUGUAUGAUGAAUAGUGUCUAUUAAUCAUUGACAUUUUAAGACAUUUCCACAGUAUACUAGUCCUAAUCCAACACGUGAUUAUUGCAGCAUCUUUAACAUAAAUUCUUGGAACACAUCUCUCGCGACCAUCUGGAAUGGACCCAGAGUUGACCAUGAAGCCUCCUACCUCUAAUCCCAUGGAGGCCUCGAUUUGAGAUUGAAGAGAAAAAAGACUUUCUGAUCGCUGAUUUCGUAUGUGACUGCAAGCAAGCGAUGUGUUGUAUAUAGUGUAAAUAAAAGCCACAGCAUUUUC